AUCAUUAUAAACGUUCCCAAAACCCUAUCUACCCAGACUUGCUGAAUCAAUUGACCAGACAUGUUAGUUCUGUGCUUACUCUGUUUGGCGAUUUCACUCAUAAAUUCAGAGGUGUCAAACUUUACACAUGGAGAUCCGAGAGUAUGUUACGAUGGAAAAGGAGAAAAGCCUUUUAUGUUUGAAGUUCUGCCUGGGUUUGGUUGGGAUAAUCUCGUCAACGAAAAUCGAGGUGUUGUUGUGAAUUUCAAUUAUUCAAAAUGCAAGACAACAGAAGACAGGCGCUAUCUCCUUCCAGAUGGGGUCAUCACCAUUCCUAUCAAGACGAGUCAAAUGAACGUUUUUUCCAAGCUCUAUGACCACUGGUCUCAAUAUGAAUCAGAUACAGCAAAUUCGAUCAACAUUGGUGCUUCGGGAAGCAUAGAGGGAGUUAACAUUGCUGCAAGCUUUUCUUCCGAAUAUGAACACAUAAAAAAACAUCAGUUGGAAGAUAAGUCGUUCACGACCAAAGUUCAGGCGAGGUUUCUCCGAUACACAGCCAAAGUUCUUCCAGAUGUACAGCUUGACCAGUCUUUCCGUAAUCGUCUGCUAAGAAUCGCAGGACAUAUUCAACAGAACCGGAAGUUGUCUACCAAGUACGAGAGCGAACUGCUGGUCCGUGAUUUCGGUACACACGUUCUAACCAGUGUCGACGCCGGGGCUUCCAUUGUCAAAGUGGAUCAAGUCGACUCUUCCUUACUUAAAGAUACUACAACAGACAGAGUAAAAAUUGGGUUUUCAGCAAGCAUUUCCCUUCCUGGUAUAGCUAGUGCAAGCAUCAAAGAUCAAUAUUCAAACACAAAAACGGAACUUGAGAAGUACAUGAAAAGUGUCAAGAAUUCGGACAUUAGAACCUAUGGGGGACCACCAAUGAAUCCGGAAAAUUUCACGCUCAGCAAAUGGACAACUACCAUUGGGAAUGAUUUGGUUGCUGUUGACAGGAAUGGAUUUCCACUUGACUACGUUAUAUCCACGACAACAUUACCUGAGCUAUCUGAGAGUCUGGUAGAAGAGGUGGUUCAGAGUGUUCGACAGGCGAUCUCGUCAUAUUUUAAACACAACACGUAUCCAGGAUGUACGAACCCUGAUGCACCUAACUUUAGUAAAAUCUCAAAUUUGGACGACGGUUCAUGCCAUGCGCCAUUUACUAAUCUGAGCUUUGGGGGAGUUUAUCAAGAGUGCCUCUUCCAAGGUAAACUUGUCAAUGAUGAAAACUUGUGUGACAAACUUGCGACGAAGAAUCCGCAAACACAGGAUUUUUCGUGCCCAGACGGAUUUGAAAAUGUUCUUCUUUACAAAGGAACAACGCAUAAAGUUCAGCAACAGCACCAAUGUCACAGAUGCUGGAUCUUCUUCAAUUGUUGCCAUGAUCAACCAUUUAAUGCUUCAGCAACGUACACAUCGUACUGGUGUGGAGCAAAGCCAAACUCUGAAGUGCAUGGGGAUAGUGGAUAUCUGUUUGGGGGGCUGUAUUCGGACAGAACCAAUAACUUUGUCACGCAAUCAAAAUCAUGUCCACAGUAUUUUAAUUCUUUGCUGAUUGCUUCAAAUGUCAGAAUUUGCAUAAGUGAUGAUUACGAACUUGGUGCAAAGUUUGCGGUGCCUUUUGGCGGGUUCUAUAGUUGCCAACACGGCAAUCCUCUGGUUGAUGGCAAAUUCAGCGCAGUGUGUCCUCAGGGAUUCAGUAACCACUUAGCAACAAUACAAAAGGAUUGUGAAAUUCAGUAUUGCGUGCGGACUGGUCAACUUUCUGGUUUAAAAUUCCCAACCGUUCAUAUACCACCAUUUUCUGACGUCCCAGCAGAAAGUAUAAAAGAACCGGCUCAUUUCAUUAUUUCUCAUAACUCUGAAAAUUGGGUUCAACUUGUUGAUCCUAAAAUGAAAGGUAAAACACCAGAAGAGUCAACAUGGACAACACUAAACUCGGCACCAAAAGAAAUGGAAACUUUAAUGAAAAAAUUCUCUAAAAAUAAUGUGGUCAAUUUUAACGAAGAGUCAGGAAUGUCAAAAGGCGCAAUUGCAGGUUUGUCCGUUGGUUUGACGACUGCCGUCUGUGUGAUCGUCGGUAUAGCCAUUGCCAUGCGACGAAAUCGCAAACAAAAACAAGAAUAUAACAGAACUGGUUAAGCCUCAGUUUAGUUUAAACUCUGUUUUGAGGGCAACAAAUGCAAAAAAUGCAUGUUGAAUAUAUUUGUCAUUGUGUACGUAGCUAAGUGAUAUACACGUUAAUCAAUGAAUAAUUAAAAUAUAUUGAUAUU